AUGCCAACUGUAUUUGAAGACUUUGUUCAGAGAGAUAAGGAUGGAAAUAUUAUUAAUGGUGGAAUACUUCCAUAUCUUGCGUAUAUGCAAUCAAAUGGCAAAACCGACGCCAGUCAAAAAGCUCUAGAGUACACAUUGGAAUAUGUUUAUUCUUCUCCGGAUGUCUUGAGGGGAUUUAUUGACAGCCUAGUGACCAAGAUAAUUGAUUCACUUAAUGACAAUUCUGCUCUAUUUGGAAUAGUUAAGAAAAUUGAACAUUUUGUUGUGGUUAUUGAUGAAGCAAAUGUUUAUGCAAGAAAAAAUACUGACUCUGAUGCUGGUAACUCUAACAUAGGUGGUUGUGAAAAGCUUUCCGAGUUAAUAAGUUCGAGUGGUGAGAAGAGAGGACUUUUAACCAAGUUUGCACAGUUAAUUGGUACCAUAAGGAAAUUUCAUGUAUCUAUAUUUUCUGGAACUAAUUUUUCUGUCGAUGUAGGAGGUAUUAUACAAUCAGCUCUUGGUAAAACUGAAGCAAAGAUUGAUCUAGUUAAAAUAUGA